AUGUCGUCGGGUAGAAAACAUGGCAAGACUCGAAGCCACAUGGCUUUUGAGAAUGCUUCAACCAAUGUCGCCGCUGCUCAGAUGCGAAACGCACUCACAGGCCUCGCCGAAACGGUGAAGGACCCCCACCAGAAGAAGUUGUUCGAGACCGAAAUGGACAAUUUCUUUUCACUUUUCAGGCGCUACCUGAACGACAAGGCCCAGGGAAACGCUGUUGACUGGGACCGUAUCAACCCCCUGCGCAGAACCAGGUGGUUGAAUACGAAGACCUCAACAACUCCGAUGCUGUCCAGUUCCUGA